AUGGAAGAGCGGACACUGAGGCGCUUCAGGGCAGAAGAAGAGAACCGGUUGGAUGAAGAGGGAAAGGCCGCCGAUCGUGCCACAAGGAGAGCGACCGCCGAUGCAGCCCGUCAGGCAAACGCAGAUCAGCUGGCCCAAGGAAAAAAACAUCGUAGAUUCACCCGCGAGAACAAACACGUGGGCGCUUUAGCUCGAAAAACCCAACGAAACAGUCAGAAUAUGGCCAAAGUGAAUCGCGAGCGUCAGAAUCACGCAAAAUUUGCAGAGAUGCGAGCCGAACUGGCCCGGGGCGGAAAGUGA